AUUUCACUUCCUGCAGACACUUACGAUCACUUUCAUGUCCGUCACCAUUACGUUCCCCACUCAACCCUAACCCCGCGUCCCCACACCCACCAUCACCUCCUGCCCACACACUCCGCGCUGAGUCCCCCACCUACCCAGCCCCUCUACACCCACCCAUCCCCUCCUGCCACACACACUCACGCUGAGCUGCGGCGUUCUGCCUCGCGCGAGGUGGCGAAGAUAAGGAGCAUGCAUCCACACGUGCUGACGGGACUGGUGCUGCUGAUGGCGGCCUCCUGCAUGGCCAUUCCGGUGUCUAUGGAAGCUGACUACGACCUCAACUAUGUACUGAGCAACCUGACGUCGCUGUGGGAGGAGGUGGAGAGGCUGCGGCAUGACGUGGCGGACCAUCGACACGGCGACCCUCCCCACGACCAGGUGACCCAGGAGGUGGACAAGCUGCAACACGAGAUGCUGGUGCACGCCUACCAACGCCCACACGAGGGCCACAACGACCACCACAACUCUCAGGCACUCCAACACCUGGAGCACUUCCACGAGCACCACCACGACGACCACAACCACCAUGAUGGCGACGACCACCACGGCCACGACCACGGUCACGACCACGGCCACGACCAUGGCCACGACCACGGCCACGACGACCACCACCACAACGAUGGCGACGAACAGCACGGCCACGACCACGGCCACGACCACGGCCACGACGACGAUCACCACCACCAUGGCGACGACCACCACGGCCACGACCACAGCCACGAUGACCACCACCACGACGAUGGCCAUCUCGACCAUCACCACCACAACGACGACCACCACCACGAUGGAGGGCAUGAGCACGACCAUCACCACCACGGCGGAGACCACGACCACUCGGCAGACACUCACGAACACGAGGGACACGACCACAGCAAAGACAACCACCGACACGACGAUGACGACGACGACAACGACGACGACGAGAGUGGAGAGGAUGAUAGCGGAGACGACGAUGACUCAGACAACGAAGGCGAGGCACACGACCACUCUGGAGACACCCACGCCCAUGAAGGGCACGACCACAGUCACGAUGACCACCACCAUGGCGGCCACGACGACCACCACCAUGGCGGCCACGACGACCACCACCAUGGCGGCCACGACGACCACCACCACCACCACGACGACCACCAACAUGGCGGCCACGACGACCACCACCACCAUGACGACCACAGCCAUGGCCAAGGACACGACCACUCUGGCGACACCCACAGCCACGAGGGACACGACCACAGCCAGGACUCCCACCAGCACGACGAGAGCCACCACCAUGAACACGACCACUCUGGCGACACCCACGACCACGAGGGACACGACCACAGGCAGGACCACAGUGAACAUGGCGAAGGGCACGACCACUCAGACGACACUCACGACCAUGAGGGGCACGACCACAGUCAGGAUUCCCACCAACACGAACAGGGGCACGACCACAGCCACGACCACGACCGCCACCACCAUGACGACCACCACCACCACGACGACCACCAACAUGGCGGCCACGACGAUCACCACCAUCAUGACGACCACAGUCAUGGCAAAGGACACGACCACUCUGGCGACAGCCACAGCCACGAGGGACACGACCACAGCCAGGACUCCCACCAGCACGACGAGAGCCACCACCAUGAACACGACCACUCUGGCGACACCCACGACCACGAGGGACACGACCACAGGCAGGACCACAGUGAACAUGGCGAAGGGCACGACCACUCAGACGACACCCACGACCAUGAGGGGCACGACCACAGGCAGGAUUCCCACCAACACGAAGAGGGACACGACCACAGCCACGACCACGACCACCACCACCAUGACGACCACCACCACCACCAUGAGCAGGACGCCCAUGACAGACACGGCCUCCACGAUCAUUUUGAAGGCCUUCCUCCACCCGCCAGCCGCCCCUCUCUGGUUGGCAACGUGCUGGCUCCUAAGUUUGGCCUGGCUCUAGCCCCGGGGCGCGGGCAGGAGGAGGCAGACCUCAGGAACGAGUGGGUACACUCCUACUGCAAGCUGAAGCCAAACGCAGACCUGGCGAACGGCACUGUGAGGGGAUCUGUCAUUACCUCGCAGAAGAAGGACGAGUCUGGCCCGGUCUUCUUCCACCUGAACCUCCACGGCUUCAAACCCUCGCAAGGAAGAGUGCACGGGUUCCACAUCCACGCCUCCCCCAUCACUGAUGACAAGUGCAUCACCGCCGGGGCACACUUCAAUCCCUUCGGCACCACUCACGGAGGCCCCAAGAGCGACACCAGACACGUGGGCGACCUCGGCAACAUCGAGGUGGACAGCCACGGAAAACUGAAGAACUACCUCUUGAUAGACGACAAGGUGACAUUCAGCGGUCCAGCCACCAUCGCCGGGAAGUCCAUUGUGAUACACGAAGGCCCGGAUGACCUGGGGCUUGGUGGGAACGAAGGCAGCCUCACCACGGGGAAUGCUGGGGGUCGCCUCGCCUGCUGUACCAUCCACAUCCAGGCUGAGGGUAUUUACAGGUUCAAGGGAUGAGUGACGAAUGGAUGAGUGUGGUUCUCUUUGACGAGUGAAAAGUUAGGGCUCUUUAGAUUGUCUUCCUCGUUCUCUCUCUCUCUCUCUUUUUCUCUUGUGUGUGUUUGUUUAUAAUAAAGAUUAGUGGUUA